AUGCCGAAAAUUGUCUCUGGGUCGCCCAAAAGUCUCUGCCUUCCCAACCUACUUGAACUCCACGACAUUUCUGCCGCACUGAUUGUAAGACAGGAGUCCCCAUGGGAUACAUAUCUACCGACCAUCACCUACGACAUGGCAGGUCCGGUGGUCAUUGCCGCUCGCCGCACCCGCCCGUCACGCGUAGUGGCAUUUCGAAAGUAUCGGAGACAAGACGCCAAGCGGUUGGUUGAUAAAUUCGGGCGACUCGAACAUGCGAACAUUCUCUGCGUUCGGGAAUGCUAUAUUGACGGCGAUUUCAUGUUCGCUCUGGGGGACGAUCUACCAAUAACACUAGCCCACAUUGUUAAUUGUGCGGCUCUUUACCCUACUGAAGUACAACUGGGUUCGAUCAUGUCCCAGACUCUAGACGGCGCCUGGUAUCUGGCGGCGUCUGGCCUCACCCACCAGUCUUUUUCGUGUUGCAAGAUACUACUCGGGCUAGAUGGGAUUGUCAAGAUUGCAUGCUGGGACUACUGCGUGGACUGCACACCAAGUCAGGCAGAAGCCGCAUAUCUCGCCGCCCUGCCGUCAAUCACCAUGCGGCUCAUGCAGAAAUACGACAAGGAGGAAGGGGUUGCCGGGGUCGACGACCUCUAUCGCUGGCCGGUCGAUUCAGAUGCAGUGGAGUUCUUGUCUGCCACCGCGACGACAGUGUCAAUCGAUUCCCUGAAGGAGCAACCUCUCGUCGCCGCAAAGUACCGCCCCGCUUCUGAUCUCGUCAUUCUUGCGAGGACAGUCCUGCUUUCCAGCCAAGUGCCUUGCACGUACGAGUCGUGA